CGACCAAUAAGAAGAAGAAACAUCUCUCUUAUGCUAGAGAUAUAGGCUAAAUGUUAGAGCUCAUUUGGGGCCUUCUUGUGAUUGUUUUGCUGCACUUUUGAUGUAAAUAAAUGACUUGAUAUUUAACCCAAGGGAUUCCUGGUCCAUCUCUUUACAGAUUUGAACACGUAACAUUGUCCAUGGUGGGAAAAGGUGAUAAAGUUACAAGGUCAAGUCAUGUAGAAGGCUUUCUAUGCUCACAUGGACAUGCUUAGUAGGACUCAAUUUACAGCAUAUAACUUUCUCUUAUCCACCCUUUAUCCUAACCAUGGCCAUGGUUUGUUUUUAUCCUCCUCUUUGCUUGUGCAGCUUUGUUUCUGUGUCUUGUCCUGUCUAAAUUCCCAGCUGGACCCCAAUCCACGCUGACUUUGUUUUGUUGGAGGAUGACUUGUCUAAACAGAAACCAGUUGCCCAAUGAAUUAAGAUAGCAAGUGUGAGGCGGCAAUAAUUUGACCAUGUCCCUCACUGAGCUCAUAUGUUUGGCCUGUCAUUGUUCCUUUCCAGUCCCAUUAGUUACGGCUGGGUUGGUGCUUUCCUGUGUCCUCAUCAGACAGCGGGUUAAUCACACCCCUCGGGAAGAUGCUAUCUUCAUCACUGACUGUCUAAAUGAUCUGAAAUAACCCUCACUGUUUUUCAAUCUGUGUUAGUAUGAAUCUGAAUCUCACUGUUACGAGUAAAGACAUUUUUAUCCUGCAAGCAAAAGCCUGUUCAGAGGCAAGAUGAAAUGUAGGAGACAGUAGGUAAACUGCUCUCUUCAUUAUUGGCUAUGGUAUUUGCUGUCACAGCCAACAUUAUUCUUGGCAUGCAGAAAAAGCUUUUAUGUCUUUGCGUUUUGUGCUAAAUAUGUGUUUGGCAGAUGUGUUUGGGAGGCAGUUUGAUCCGUAUUUAUCUACAUUUUGUGGAUGGAAGAAGAAUCAAUGUGCUUUUUCGCAGAAUGCCCAAACCAAAAUAAUCCUACUUUAAAAGAUCAUGUGUCCUGUUAAUUCAGCAGUGGUCAGUAGAGAACUUUUCAGAUCCUUAGAUCAGCCACACAGAGACGGUACAGAAGUGAGACUAUGCUUUAAACUCUAAAUGCAUCCAAAGGUAUGUGGAUCAGUGUCUAUUUUAGAAGCGUCCUUGGGAAUUGAAUUAGGCCACGAGGCUACUGGAUGUUCCCCAUUGGGCAAAAACAGCACGCAUGAAAAAUAAAAUAAAAUAUUGAACAAUCACAGAAAUCAUGUCAAAGGCUUUUUACCACAAUAAUGGCAUUGUAACAAGGUCAUGAGUGGUAAUUACAGGCUUAAGGUUAGCAAUUAUUAAUUAAAAAGUGUAUACUCGUGGUUCAGAGGUCCUGGAAGUACAGUGCAUAUGCACACAAGUAACCACUAUCAUACAUUAUGCAUGUAUGCUAUUCAAAGAGAAUUUCCUGCUUCAUUCACUGUUCGUGACACACGUGCCUACUCUUAGAGGAAGGGCACAGCAUCAGUUAAAUUAAACUCAAUAGCGUAUUGAUCUGUAGCCCUGGUUCAUUCGGUGCAGGGUAUUGCCUGCCUGAUGGUUGACGACCAUUUUUGCCCCAUAUGACAUAUUUAUGCCCUUUCCUCUCCCCCUACCCUUUCUCUUCUCUUUAUUAUACUAAACAUCACAUACAGUUGCCUACACCAUACACACCAGAGGGAUGUGUGUGUGUGAGUGUAUGUGAUGAACAGAGACAGCAGUAAGAGAUGAUGCGAUGAUGUGGAUGAUGCCUCAGUUUUAGGUGAACGGGAUUGUGCAAAGAGUCAAACUGUCAGAUCAGUGCAGCGGCAGAGAGUGGGACAGCGGGGGUUGUCUCGAGGAGGUGGGGUCUGUCCCAUGUGUCGACUGUCUGAUGGAGAGAAGAGGGGCACAGCACAGUGAGUCUGAAAGGACACAGAGUGCUGCACGGAGAGAGACUGCAGGCGUGCAGCGACACGGAGGAGCAUAUAUGUUUAAAGAGGCUUUAAAGAGUGGGCUAUUGAUGAGGUGUGUUAAGCAUGAGAUCCCCAGAGACCUGGGGAUAAAGAUCUGUCAAGCAUGUGAUUGGCCAACAUCCCUGAAAACCUACAGCAUGUGACUUUGCGGUGGAGUUUGUAGACCCUCGCCAUGCUCUCUCUGUGGAAUCUUUAUCUUCUUCUCCCCCUCUCCUUGCCUCUCUCACCUCAUGUCGUAGCCUUCACUGGAGAAAAUGUCAAGGAAACACAACAGCCAGACACUGACACAGCAGUGCAAUGUCUCCCACAGCUCCCACAGAGACCUCAUGGAUCACUGGGGGAACCCAUGUUUGGGACUGAGAGUGUUGACUUUCUGGGUCUACCUGUAAAUGUUCCCAUAUCCUCAUCUGAGGAAUCAGAUAGACAAGGUGUGAUUGGUGAAUACGUUGAUUUACAGGAGAGCAUAGAGACAUCUCGUUUGUAUCCUAAUGAGAAGGAACUUAGCACAUCCAGUCCCACUGAUACAGAAGAUGCCACCUCCAGACAGAGCACACAACCCAUAAGAUCUUCAUCAGGGGGAGUACCACCUCAACCUACCCAGGAACAAGCAUUAAAGUAUCAGCCAGCUGAGACAAGUACUGUAUCUAUAACACAUUAUAUACGGACGGGAGAGAAUCGGCCAACUUUCCCGGCCUCGCAGAAUGACCCAACUGACAGCCACUUACCCUUUCUUCUGUCUGGCUCACUUUCAUCAGACCAGGAGUCCUCUGCGCCCGGCCCUGAACGCUCCACUCCACCAGUAGCCACAUGGGGAUGGAACACGGGACCUUCUGUUAUCACGCAGAAAGAGAUACAGGAGGGGACUGUCCCAGUGAAAGAGACUGGAGAUGGAUUGAUUGAUAUUACGGGUCGUAUUUUACACAGAGGAGCUGUCAGCACGGAGGCAAAUAAAGAUGACUCCAAGGAUGAUGACCUGCAUUUCUCAACGACCAUUGGCACUCUCUUGCUUGAUGGUAACAAAGACACAUCUGCCACACCCUGCAAACCAUCAAACCAGUCCUGGACUCCCACCUACCCAGAUGAUUUUACCACCAAUGAGUUGCUGCACCCCUCUCUGGCUCUCAGCCCUGCCCUUUUCGUCCCUCUGUAUUCCGACUGGAACUCUGCCCUCGCCACAUGGGGAUUUGCAUGGGAAGCACACGUCUAUGGCCUGGGGUCUGUCUUUACUGUAUUCGGCCUAAUCUCUGUGGUCUGCCUGUUAGGCCUGCCCCUGCGGUGCCCCCCAGGAAGCCCCUACUUCACCCUUCUGCACUUGUUCCUCCUAGCAUUUGCAGGGAUCCAAGCUUUCUUUUUGCUCUAUGAUGCUUACAAUCACCAAGAUCGUCUUCCCGCUGUGGGCUCUCUGCUGCUCUCGGAGCUGCCCUUCCCCUGUUUGAUUUCAGCCUUCUCCCUUGCCUUCCUCCUUCUUUCAUUACGCUCCCGCAUGCAUCUUUCACUCCCACUUACUAAUUCCACCUUGUACUCAGCCUUGCCCAAACCUUGCCUGUUGCUGUGUAUGUCCCUGUUGUAUUCUGGGGUCUCUCUAGGGUGCGUUGGCAUGCUCCAACUCUUCCACAGCCUCCCCUCCAUGAUCCUGCUAUUCCCUCAUGGUGUGUUUGUAUGUCUCACCAUUUUUCUCUCAGGCUCCUACCUCAUCUUCUACUGCUUAAUGCAAUUCAACACAAAACACAUCUACAGGCUGAAUGACAAUGGAGAGAGUGGAGGAUCUCAUGAAUUUAUGCAACUUGCAAGUUGCCCCUUUGCCAAAGUGGAGGACUGGGGUAGAGCAGCAGGAGCUGGAGUAGGGGCUUCAUUGUGUUUGUUAGGGUGUGGAGGCCUCCAGUUUUAUGGAAUCCUGCAUGCUCUUGGUUUAGGAGGGGUUGAUGGAUAUGGGUUCCAGCCCUGGCCUUGGUGGGGUUACCAGGUAGGCUGCAGGCUCUGUGAGGUCGGGGUGUGUCUGGGUUUGUCUCUCAUUGGUUCACACCCUCUAUUCUGUCACAACAACUCCUCUAUCAAGACUAUAACUCGUCCCCGGCCAGGAUCUUGGUCCCGCCUCUCCUGCAGCUCACCUUCUCGAGGGCUCACCCUGCCCUCUCAGGGAGGUGCAGAUUAUCCUGUCCACUCAUCUCAUGAUUCUUGGUCCCAGGGUAAGCAGGAAAAGCUGGUGGUCUGUGAUGUCAUCACCAAAGGACAGUCAGAGGCUCUUCCUCUUUACUCAAUGGUAGAUCCUCCUGCAAAUGGGCUAAUCUCGAAGUCCAGACAAACCCAGAGCACUUUACUACCUCUCCCUACACCCCCAAGCCCACCGCACAAGCCUCAAAAUGCAGUUGAGUCUCAGCUAUCGUCACUGGAUAGCCUAGGACUGGAGGCUGACACUACAUUGGAUCUGCGACCCCCAUCUCCCAUAGACUUGUCCCGCAGCAUUGACCAGGCACUGUUCAGUGAAUGCCUAUUCUCUCAUAGUAUAUUUGGUUUGCCAAGACUCUACCAUGCUUCUUCCAGCCUCUCUUUGAGCUCUCCUGGCCAAGGUGCGUCAAAUCAAGGGCCCAGCUCUGUGGAAAAUGCCCUAUACCGAACCUCUUCCUGUGGUGACGUGGACCAAGAGAACACUCUAUCCAGUUCCAGACCUUCCCAGCCAAAUAGCUCUUUGACAUCUCACAGCAAGCCACCAAUGUCACCAGAGCAAUGGGAUUGGAAAGAAAGUGUCUCUGGUUCUACGCAGGGUCUGUGCAGCAAUCCCAAGGAGACGGGAAAACUGUGCUCACAUUCCUGGGCCAACAGAGGUCAAAACUUUGCUCAGAGCAGCCUCCCACGAGCAAUCCCCCACCUGUCUUACCACAGGCGUUACCGAACCCUGAGCUUAGCCUCCCAGAACAGUCACGGAUCUGGCCGGCUGGCAGGGACUAAACACCUGAGUGAAAGCAAACAGCUGGAAUGGGAUGUGGCUGUACAGGCAGAGUUUGUCAACGUGUGCAGACAAAUUGACACUCUGAGUGUUUGUAGUGACACCAUUGAAUUAUAAAUGUCCAGUUGUGAUUGAAAUUCACAUGACAUUGUACAGAAAUAACGGACUCUAAUCAUGUUAGAUUAAGGAAUUCAAUUGUGCACCAUAAAAGUUAUACAGACGGAAAUAAUUACCUGAACUAAUGAAAGGGGAAUGGAUAUUAUUGAUAUGGACAUUAUUAGGUAGAGCCAACUUAUUUUCGAAAAAAUUCUGUUCUGUUCAAAAUGUGAUUUUAAAGGUUGUCUUCAUCACACUGUUUUCAGCAGCUUCACUUAGCUCUUCUUGCAGUAAUGUUUUUUUUCUUGCAGUAUUCUGAUUUAAAUGUUAAUUCCAGUUACACAUUCACGAAUGUCAAGGAUCAAAUAUCCAUUGCUCAAGACUGCAAAUGCUUUUAAGAAGUUUAUUCAAGCAGGCGUUUUAAUAUUUAUAUGCAUGAUAUGUUAAGCUUCUUUUUUGUUUGAAGUGAUCCUGCAGAGAGAAAUUAAAAGGGAUAUACUGAUAAAGGAAAACUUUCUUUACUAGUGAGUGAACAAACAAUAUGGUCUCAAACAAAGUUUUAUUCUACACCAUUGAUGUACUGUUGUGUUUUCAAUAGUGGAAAAAGUUAGAUGUGCUCAAAAGGACUUAACAAAUAAUGAGAUAAGCCAAUUUGAUCUCUUCCCCGUUGGGAUUGUGUGGACACAAUUUCAUCUAGAGUGGCAAACGAUAACAAUACACAUCCAAAUCUAAUCCAGAGAAGGGAGCUGUUUGUGAUGGUGAAGCAUAAUAUUUUUAGACACAUGAUUAAUCAUUCAGUUGUGUAAGCAGUUGGCAAACUUUAACUUUAGCAUGGGAAUAGACAUGCUAGCAUGUAGUGCUUUCCUCACAGUUAUUUCAUUGUUGUGUAAUACAUUUGGAAAUUGUAGGAAUAUCCAUAUAUACACAGGAUGAGUUUUUCUUCCAUGUUUUUGUAUUGCCUGCUUAACCAACCAUUGCAGUGGUAUCUUUGAACAUUUUGUAGUAUGUACAGUGAAAGUUGCAAUAAUCUGAGAUUUUUUAAACCAGAUUUUGGUGGCAAAGGUUUGGGCACACAUUGAAUGUGAGAAGCUUAAAGCAAAAAUGUAAUUGGUUACAUUUAGAAUAUACUGUAUUAGCCCCUAGUGGUAAUAACAAAAUACAACACAUUUUACUUAAUAUAUUUCUGGAGAUAUGACAUAAAUAAUAAACAAUAGUAAAAUGCC